AGUAUUAUUUGUAGCGGAGAGAGCGGUUCGUGUGGACAAUGGAAGUAGUCGUUUUCAGCAAGGCAGCAGCCAUGAAACUUCCAGGGAGAGAAGAACAACAGAGGAAGAAAAACGAUCGAUCGUAUUUCUAAAACGCGGAAAUGGUCGAAAGCAUCGAAUCGUUACUUUAAAAGGGAUUCCAUUUCGAACUCAGCCGCAACGGUUUGAAGAUUCAAACAACUUGCAACAAAGAAGCCUUACCGUAAGUGUUAGAGAUUAGAGAUCUUCAUCAUCGGUACUUACUUUAAAAGGGUUUCGUUUCUUUUGGGUUCUCUUUGCUUCGCUUCGCAGAUCAGCAGAGCAGAAUAGAAAGGAAGGAUUUUACUUCUUUCUUCUUUUUUUUUUAUAUAUAUUUGUUCUUUCUUUAGGAAUUCUAAUAUAUUGGAGGUGAUUUAGAUCUUGAUUUUGGAGGAGAGUAGAUUGCUUUCUUCUUCAAAUUUCCGGGUCGUGAAUAAAAAAAUUAUUCUUUUUGUUCUUUCGUGUGGGAAAUCUGAUCGAGGGAUCAGAGGUCUGUAAAGGUGAAGGUUGGGAAAAGGUUUGGUUGAGGUUGAUUUCUCAUUUCGUCAGAAGGAGGAGAGAAAGAGGAAGAGGGUUUUGAAUCCUUAACUUAAGUUCUAUGGCAUCGGCUGCUAUUUUCUCCUCUUUGCGAAGAAGAAGAACACCGUCCUCGGAGGCUUUCUUGGCUCCGGUCCAGCUCAGCGACGUCGCGCUGGUUCAGACGCUCUCUGUCGUUGCUAAUGAGUUGAUCUCGUCCUUUUCGCAUCGAGCGCUCCCCUUCCAGCGGAAGAAUUCUAGGUCGCUGAUUCAGAAGAUAGAGGUCUUUGUCGUCCUCUUUGAUUUUCUCAGGGAUUCUGGCUCUACUCUUCCGUCUACUGCUGUUCUUUGUCUGAAGGAGCUUUAUCUGCUCAUUUAUCGUUCAAAGAUUCUUCUAGAUUACUGCUCCCAGUCGAGCCGAUUGUGGCUUCUCCUACUGAAUUCCUCGAUUUCUGGCCACUUCCAUGACCUCAACCAGGAAAUCUCCACGCUUCUUGAUGUUUUGCCGUUGAAAGAGCUUGGUCUAACUCCCGACGUUAGAGAGCAUUUAGAGCUUAUGCGGAAGCAAGCACGAAGAGCCAAGUUAUUCGUCGAUCAACAUGAUGAAAAUCUCAGACUCCGCCUCUACUCCUUCCUUGAUGAAUUCGAGCGGGGACGAAUACCUGAUGCUGCGGAGCUUCGGACAUUCUUUAUCGAAAAAUUGGGGAUUCGAGAGGCAAAAAUUUGUAGAGCCGAGAUUGAGUUUCUAGAGGAGCACAUUUACAAUAACGAAGGGGACGUUGAGCCAACUGUAUCAGUACUCAAUGGCUUUCUCGCGCUCACUAGAUAUUGCAGAUUCUUGCUUUUCGGAUUUGAGGAAGAAGAAGAAAUGGGUUCUGGGAAUCAAAAGAAGGCACGGAAGGGUCUUAUUUAUCAGGAAAUUGGGGAGACCUUCGUUACAAUUCCGAAGGAUUUCUGCUGCCCAAUCUCAUUGGAUUUGAUGAGAGAUCCAGUGAUAAUUUCCACUGGGCAGACAUAUGAUCGAUCGUCGAUUUCUCGGUGGAUGGAAGAAGGCCACUGUACCUGCCCAAAGACAGGGCAGAUGCUUUCUCAUACGCGUCUUGUUCCGAAUAGAGCUCUCCGAAACCUUAUUUCCCAAUGGUGCACAGCUCAUGGAAUCCGCUUUGAUCCACCUGAAAACAUUGAUACGCCUGCAGAAGCUGUUUCAACGCCACCAUCUACCAAGGCUGCAAUUGCAGCUAACAGAGCAACAGCCGAGCUUCUCAUCCAACAGCUAUCAAAUGGGUCACAGGGGGCAAAAACAGUUGCUGCCCGUGAGCUGAGGUUGCUUGCAAAAACUGGAAAGGAGAACCGUGCCUGCAUUGCAGAAGCAGGAGCAAUCCCCCUUCUUCGUCGGCUACUCUCUUCACCAGACCCAGUUGCACAAGAGAAUUCAGUAACCGCAAUUCUGAAUCUAUCCAUUUACGACAAGAACAAGAGCCGAAUUAUGGAGGAAGAAGGAUGCUUGACAUCUAUAGUCGAGGUUCUAAGAUUUGGGCACACUACAGAGGCAAGGGAAAAUGCUGCAGCAACACUCUUCAGCCUCUCCGCAGUUCAUGACUACAAGAAGAGAAUCACAAGCGAGGAAGGAGCAGUUGAGGCCCUGGCAGGACUUCUCAGGGAGGGAAGUCUGAGAGGAAAGAAGGAUGCAGUAACAGCACUGUUUAACCUGUCCACCCACUCAGAGAAUUGUGAGAGAAUGAUAGAAUCAGGGGCAGUAACAGCCCUGGUGGGGGCUUUGGGAACUGAAGGAGUGGCGGAGGAGGCAGCAGGAGCAUUGGCCUUGAUCGUUAGGCAGCCAAUUGGGGCUGCAGCAGUUGGAAAUGAGGAGCUGGCUGUGACAGGAUUGAUUGGGAUGAUGCGGAGGGGAACUCCAAAGGGAAAAGAGAAUGCAGUGGCGGCACUGCUCGAGUUGUGCCGGAGCGGUGGCAUAGCCACAACCCAGAGGGUGGCCAGGGCACCCGCAUUGGCAAGCCUUCUUCAGACACUGCUGUUUACGGGCACAAAGAGGGCAAGACGGAAAGCAGCAUCCCUUGCCAGAGUUUGCCAGAGGUGUGAGGCUACUGCGGCAAUGCCCAUGGGAGGAUGGGGAGUUGGAGUUGGAUACCCAUUCGCCGGCAACUCAGCUUCAGAUCGGAGUUCAAGUUUUGCUGGGGAUGUGUCUGUUCCAGUUUCAAUAUCUGUGCCUGUUUUGUAACGGCAUACACACUCCACUGUGAUGCCCAACUAUUUUUUUAUCUUCUAUUCUUCAUUGUGUUGGUAAUAUUUACAUAAUUCUUUCAUUGAUAUGGUCAGGUGGGAGAGGAAAAAUUAUAAAGGAUACAACAAUACAUGAUAUAUCUAGCAAAUAGCAAUACUGUGUUAUGGGUUGACUAUUGACUAUUUACCACCAUAUGAUUACAUCCUUUCUUUUUCUUUC